AUGGCGUCAACAAACGGUCACGCAGCAACUGACGAUACCACCAGUCCUAAAUUCAGUACAAGAAUGUUCCACUGGACUGAUGCAGGCUCAAAGAAAGCCACACGGCCAGAAGACCCAUACAAGUAUCUCUGUGGCUUUGGUAAUGAGCAUCAGUCGGAGCUUAUCCCAGGUGCUCUACCAAUUGGCCAGAAUUCACCCCAGAAAUGCCCCUACGGCUUGUACGCCGAACAACUCACGGGCUAUUCUUUCGCUGCGAACCGUGCGAAUUCAGGAAGGAAUUUUCUUUACAGGCGUCGCCCGGCUGCUGUCCAUCACGAGUACUUGAGAGGAGAAGACAAUCCAACCCUCAAAGCUUCGUUCCUACCUCAAAAGGACGAGUUGCAUACGAUACCAUCACAGGUGUCGUGGACGGCAUUCAAAAUCCCAGAAAAGUCUGGUGGGAUCGUUGACUUUACUCAAGGUUUGCACACUCUUGGUGGAAGUGGGCAUCCACAUCUCCGCGAGGGAAUCGCUUAUCAUAUCUAUGCCAUAAACAGCAGCAUGCCCAACAAAGCUUUUAUGAAUAUAGAUGGAGACUUCUUGAUUGUUGCACAAGAGGGACACCUUGAUAUCAUGACCGAAUUUGGACAUCUAUAUCUUCAGCCGUCUGAGCUUUGCGUCAUUCAACGCGGCCUCCGCUUUCAAGUCAACAUUGUGGAGAAAUACUCACCCAACGGCGCUCGGGGAUACGUUAUUGAAACAUGGGGCUCGAGGUGGGAACUCCCGGAGCUCGGUCCUCUAGGAGGAUAUGGCCUUGGAAACUCGCGCGACUUUUUAUUCCCAACAGCGGACGUCGACACCACUUCGACAGGCGAAUGGACAGUUGUGACAAAGCAGUUACAUAAGUACUACGUUGCUGUCCAACCUCAUACACCCUUCGACGUGGUAGCGUGGCACGGAAAUUACAUUCCAUACAAGUAUGACAUGACCAAAUUCGUGGCACAAAAUUCCGCGUCCGUGGACCAUACUGAUCCAUCCAUCAACACUGUGCUCACCGCCAAAUCUCGGGAUGAGAAUGCGCCCCUCGCCGAUUUCCUCAUCUUCGGACCUCGCUGGGACGUGGCAGAGAACACUUUCAGGCCGCCUUAUUUCCACCGAAACUGCGCGUCUGAAUUUCUAGCAAAGAUUUACGGACCCUCAGGAGGCGGCCGUUCUGAGGUCUUCGUUCCCGGAGGUGCAAGCUAUGAAUCAGGAUUCACACCACAUGGUAGCAUCGAUGAGAAAACUAUCGCCGCAAUGGAUGCCAAGCUGGAACCCCGGAAAAUUUUCCUUGGCAGCCUCGUCAUUAUGCUAGAGAGCUGCCGGAGCUUACUCUUUACUGACUGGGCAAUGAAAGACUCGGGUGUUUUGGCAGCCGAGGAUAUCCCUGCCGAUGCUUGGGAAGUUAUCCCGGUACGCUGCCCCCAUCCGUUGGCCUGA